GUGGGACGUCAUGAUGGUGGAGGAGGAGAGGAGAGGGGAGGGGAGGUGGCGUCCACCAGAAGUGGAGGGUGCCAACGAGUGGGGGGUAGUAGGGGGAGGAUAUAUACCCUGGACGGCUGGACGGGCGGAGCUCAAGCCAAGAGCAGUCCGCGAAGUCGCCAGCAGCAGAGACAAACAGAGAGAACACACCGGCAUCAUGGCUCUGGAGAGACAAGUUCGCGCUAAGCUGGCGGGCAAGCGAGACCCGCAGAUGGAGAAGGAGGCGCAGGAGUGGAUCGAGGCCAUCCUCGGCCGGAAGUUCCCCGGCGGAGAGCAGUUCGAGGACGUGAUCCGCGACGGACAGGUGCUGUGCGAGCUCAUGAACAAGAUCAGCCCGGGCAGCAUCCCCAAGGUCAACACCUCCGGCGGCCAGUUCAAGAUGAUGGAGAACAUCAACACGUUCCAGAAGGCGCUGAAAGACUACGGCGUGAACGACGUGGACGUAUUCCAGACGGUGGACCUGUGGGAGAAGAAGGACAUCGCCCAGGUCGUCACGACGCUGUUCGCCCUGGGAAGGACGACGUACAAGCACCCGGAGUGGAAGGGGCCCUACCUGGGACCCAAGCCCUCAGACGAGUGCAAGCGAGACUUCACGGAGGAGCAGCUGAAGGCCGGCCAGACCAUCAUCGGCCUCCAGGCGGGGCAGAACAAGGGGGCGACCCAGGCGGGCCAGAACAUGGGCGCCGGCAGGAAGAUCCUGCUGGGCAAGUGAGGCCCUUCCUCAGGACAUCUACCCCCUUCCUUCCUCUAACCCCCCUCUCCUCUAACCCCUUCCCCUCCCACACCCACUCGGCCCUGCACGGCAGUCGACCGCGCUCGUACUGGGAAACCAGAGUUCCAAGGACACUCUCGAUUUCCCUGUGAGGAUUUACAGAGUAAAUAUUUGGGUAUGUAUGUGAAGCUUUAAGCAGCUGUGCCAGCAAAAAAAAAUAAAAACAGCUACCAAUUGAAUUGCUUUACGUUCUUUUCGGUGGCACAACCGUUAUGUGUACGUAAAUCCAGCCACGGAGAAUUUGAUUUGACAACACUGCUCAGACUACCAAGAUCUUCCGCGGGUUCGAAUUUUGGACUUUUUCGUGAGUUAAGUUCGAUGACAGGCUAGACCGCAAAAAAAUAUUAGAACGGUUAGUUAACGUUUCGGGAAAUUGGAAGCAGUGCGGAAUUGAUUCCCGUGCUCAGAGCGAACUGCGGGUUUUAACUCGAAAGCACAAGGCGUGCAGAGAUCGUGAUUUCGGCGCGUGCUUCGUUGAGGGGAUUGUGACUCUCUCUGAAGAGGUCAGAGCCAGUUCAACCCCGCUGGAAAAGGUGGGGGCGUAUCUGAUAAAAACCACGUCACGACUGAAAGGGGAUUAUUCCUGAAGACAGAGGCCGAUCAACAACUCUCGAACUUUCUGUGCUGUCCACACUAGGUGUUUGAUCUCUUCAGGUUUCAACAGACCUUUGGUCUAGCCCUCAGUGAUUCGGAGCCGACGGCGAUCGAGCAGCAGAAGAUAAUCCAACAGAAAUUUUCGCAAUACACAGGGAGGAUAAAUUUGUCUUUCCCGAGGAAAUCGGCUAAUAAAAGUGAAAAAGGGUUGCUCCAACGCAAAGAAUUGCCAAUUCUGGCCUGGCGCCGAGUUCAUCAGCGAUGUUGCCAAGUCUCUGGCUUAAGAGACUUCACGCCAACCGGACACUUUUGAAUUUGAGUAACCGGUGAAACCAAGAUGUCUAUAAAAAUUAGUUUGUCAAGGAUGGCAUUCUAUUGAUUGUUGCAAUAAACAAAGGCUAGCUUUCAUAAAACCGUAAAAUAUAAGAUGUCAGUAAAAUCUAUCAGAUGUGUUAUGAAAAGUAAUUAUGUGUGCGCUAAUAUUGUUUGGGCACCUAACUCCAAACUUCAAACUCCAUUGUGCAUGACCGCAUGUACUCAAAAGCUUAAGCUUUGCCUUUGUACAUCUAGACUAAUUGGUAGCGGUUCAUGGAAAGCAGUCUCGUGUAUUAUCGUACCAAAAUUGUAAUGGAUGAAUAGGAUGUACAAACUAUAGAGGAAGCCAAAGGUUAAAAUUUGUGGAGAAGUGUUUUAUAAUCAGCUACUUACGUGUGGAGAAGUGACGAACUGAGGUGAGGGUAUCCUUCAGAGUUUCGUCCAGUCAAGAGUCAAUGACGACAUCGAAAACAAUUUUUAAUUGAAUUUAAAAGGUUUUUAAUAUCUGGUUCGUGGAUACCAAACAGUCACUAGAUGCGCUGCAGUGUCAGUAUCUGUCUGUAUCGAAAGGGUACUUGCUAGCUGUGUUUGCAAUAUAGUUCAAGCGGAGCUUCGGAAGUCGUUCAGGAAAACACGGAUCAGCUGAACAGAACUAUCUAGCGUGUUCGAGGUUCAACAGGCACUAGGGCGCUUUUAGAUGCGACAUAGCCUGGCGCAGCAGAUGCCUCGUCGCCUCUACUGGCGCGCAGGUCUAUUCCCGUAGUCUACGUGACCUCGGCGGGACUUCAAAGAGGCGACCCUAUCACUUUAUCACGUCGUGAUAGAGAUAGAGGUGUGCUGCAAGUCCCCCCGCUGCUUUCUGGGCAGCCGGUAAAAUAAAUUAUCUAUUUUUAGAUCUUACACGCGAGAAAAUCACCAGCGUCCAAAAGUCCAGACAUCAGCGGUUUGCUAGGUCAAUGCUGUUCGUGAUGAAUACUAGUCAGUCAAAUGGAGACGGUAGCCGUGUAGACAGUCACCCCGUUAUGUGAAAUCGUUGGAGAAAAAAAAUACCUAUAUUACCCAAAUGUUUACUCCAUUGUACACCAAAUAUAAAUGGAAAUCCUAUUUCAAUGUGGAAAUAAAUCUUAGACUUGAAUUACUCAGUAUAGAUUCUGUGCUAAUGCGACUGAAUGUUGGUUUGAAAUACUGUCAGGUUUAGCACGAACGCAAAUAAUUACUCACCUUCCCUUCCAUUUCUAACCCUCACGUGUAACUCCAAUGAAAAAAAAAAAAAAAACUUACGUAUCAUUACUAUGUAUUUAUUUUAAUGUUUGUUUGUAUUGCUAGAAUGUAAGAAACUUGUGAUAUAGUGGGGGAUGACGUUUUAUAUUUGUAUUUGAGGCAAUAAAAAUAUGUAUUAUUUGGAUUAAACAA